AUGGGCAGCUUACAGACCUGGGAAGAGACUGUCUCCCAGAAGCGGGCCAUCAGAGACCAACUCAUCGCACCGUACUUAGCCGAUGUAGCUCAACGUCUGCCGCGAGUACAGAAUGCCGAGGAGCGUACUCGACUUGAAGAUCCCUUGAUUCAAACGAUCACAGACAUUGACAAUGUCACCACUCUGCUGGAAUGCAUGGAGAAAGGAGAGUUCCUAGUAGAACAAGUGAUCAGGGCAUAUAUCCAACGGGCUGUGGUAGCGCAUCAAUUAACAAAUAGCCUGACCGAGGUUCUUUUCGAAGAUGCCCUAGAACAGGCAAAGCAGCUAGACGCCGAAUUUGCAGAAACUGGAAAGCUCAAAGGUCCCCUGCAUGGAAUUCCAAUCACGCUGAAAGACCAAUUUAACGUCAAAGGCGUUGACACGACCCUGGGAUAUGUGGGCAGAUCCUUUCCCCGCCCAGGAAGACGCAGCGCUUGUGCAGAUCUUGAAGAACAUGGGUGCCAUCGUCAUUGCGAAGACAAAUAUUCCACAGAGUAUCAUGGUUCGUCCGAGUGGGCCGAAACCGAGAAUCCUCUCUGGGGACUGACGACUAACCCUCGCAAUCCACUGUUUUCACCCGGUGGGUCAACUGGCGGCGAAGGCGCUUUGUUGACAUUGCAUGGAUCACUAUUGGGAUUUGGGACUGAUAUUGGCGGAAGUGUAAGAAUCCCACAGGCUACAGUGGGCUUGUACGGAUUCAAACCAAGCAGCGCCCGACUUCCCUACCAGGGCGUACCCGUCUCCACUGAGGGUCAAGAACAUGUCCCGUCUUCAAUCGGCCCGAUGGCCCGGGAUCUCUCGUCUAUCUGCUACAUGAGCCGUCUGAUAGCGAACAGCCGGCCAUGGGAUGUCGAUCCAGGAUGCGCUCCUCUUCCCUGGAAUGACACUGCAUUCCAAGAACUUCAAGACCGACCUAUGGUAAUCGGCUUGAUCCUGGAUGACGCAGCGCUUAAAGCACAUGGGCACGAAGUUGUGGUCUGGGAUACAUCUGAUCAUGCGGAGUGCAUUGAGAUCAUGGAUCUCUUCUACACGGUCGAUGGGGGUGAGGAUAUUCGUCGGGAUGUAGCCGCUGCCGGCGAGCCGUUUAUUCCUCAUGUUGAAGCGCUGGUUAACCGCGGCAAGGCUAUCUCGGUUUAUGAAUAUUGGCAGUUGAACAAGCAGAAAACUGCAGUGCAGAAGAAAUAUCUGGACAAAUGGAACGCGGCGCGAUCACCGUCGGGUCGGGCUGUCGAUGUUCUGCUGAGUCCUACCUUGCCGCAUACGACUGUGCCUCAUCGGAAAUUCCGUUGGGUGGGCUAUACUAAGAUUUGGAAUUUGCUGGACUACCCGGCUUUGACGUUCCCAGUGGAUAGAGUGAGGGCUGAGGUGGAUGUGUUGCCGUCGGAGCCUUAUAUCCCGAGAAACAGCCUCGACGAGUGGAAUUGGAAUCUUUUCGAUGCCAAACAAGCGGAUGGAUAUCCAGUGAAUCUGCAGAUCAUUGGGAAGAAACUCCACGAAGAGAAGGUACUGGGGGCUGCUACAGUUAUUGAGAAGCUCUGGAAAAGUCAUGUCGACAAAUCCAAUUGA